AUGAAGUUGAUUACUUUCACUAAAAAAAAAGAAAACUCAAAUAAGCAAAACAAAGAAACUAGGAUGAGUGGAGGAAAAGAACAAGAAAUGACUGAAAGAAAAGAGGAUAAAAGCACAGAAAAAGGAAAUGAUCCAGAGACAGAAAUGAAGGAAUAUGAAAAAGUCUUUGAUUCUAUAGUCAAAGAUAAUGAAAGACAAAGAAAACAAAGAACAUUUAGAUGUCAAAGUAUGAUUGUUUCACAACAAGAAAUUGAUUCAAUAAAUCAACAGAUUGAUAGAGAACUUGCAAAAGAAUUUUUACAAGAAAUAAAUGAACCAUUAAAAUCAUUAAAAGGAAAGCCACAAGGAAGAAAUGAACUAAAAUUUAAUAUUGAAACACAAAUUAAAAAAUUAACACAAAAACGAGUUAAUUUAAUGAAAGAAGUUCAUAGCAUUGAUUGUGAAUUAGAAAGGUUAAAAAGAUCUUUAGAAUUAUUACAAUCACCAAUUAAAGAUAAAAAACCAAAGAAAAAAGAAAAGAGAACUAAAAAAGAAGAAGACAAUGGAGAUCAAAAAGGUAGUAAAAUAUCACACAAAACUAACAUAUCUACUCAUCCACUUUUUGAAGUUGAUUCUACUACAAAUCGUUUAAAAUUAGAAAAACAGCAAUUUGAAAAUGAAAGAGAGGUUAUAAUAAAUGAAAGAGAAAGACUAGAUAAGGAACUUCGGUUAUUAGAAGAUGAGUUAAAAAUAAAACAAGAUGAAUUUGAAAAAACAUUAAAAGAAGCAACUGACAGAUACACUGAACAAGGAAAAAAGAAGAAAAAAGAAAAGAAAAAGAAAAAAAUUGAAGAAGAAAGAAAGAAAGUUGAUUUACGUCUUUCUCAAAUAGAGAAUGAAAUAAUUGAAAGACAAAAAUUACUUGAAGAACGAUUAAAAGUAUUACAACAUAAACAAGAUAAAAAAGAAAGAAAAUUUGUUGGAAAGUCUUUAGACAUGCGAGGAAUUGUUAAUUGA